CCUGGAAGAGGAGGUCGGGGGCGAAGGAGGCCGAGGAGGGUGGGGGCGGGACCCCUCGGGCUGCGCCUCUCGUGGGCGUGGCCAGCCAGGGCUGGGGGUCCAGGGAGGACUGAGUUUCCCUCCCCCGCCGUCCUCGCAGCCCCGGGAGGUGCAGGGGCAUCGCGGGAACAGCCCCGGUGACACGCUGCCCGGGGUCUUCACGAAUGCCCGGAGGCGCCGCUGGCCAGAAGCCAGCCCGACCUUCUAUCCCCGCAGACAGCCCCACGUUCCUCCCGCCCCGCGUCUUUCGGGGCCGCCCGUGCACGCGGGCCCGGCUCAGCGGCGCCCGGGCAGCAGCUGCUUCCAUGCGCCGGCUUCCUCCGGGGCUGCUCCGUGGCGGCGGCAGAGGGAAGCGCUGUCGCGGCCGGACGAGGAUCGGGAGCGCCUGAGGAGGCUCCCGCGGGCUCCGGCUGCGCGUUCGGGGCGGGGGAGCUGCCCGGGACUUCGCGCCAGGGGCCAGGGGCCAGGGGCCGGCAGCGCUGGGGUCUGCGCUGUGCGGCGUGGCGGGCUCUGGGCGCCUCCUGGCGGCCCAGCCUGGAAGGCGGCGCGAUGGGGCGAGGCUCGUCCGCUCCGGCUGCGUAAGCGGCCCCCCAGGGCGCCUUCCGGAGUCUGCGCGCUCCCGCCCGGCGGUUGCUAGGUUGCCAAGGGGCGUGAGGCGCUGAUGGGUGGGGUCUGAGCGAGGCGGGGUGUCGGGUGUCGUGACGAUUGAGACUGCAAGGGCGGACUCUGCGGUGUUCUCCAUAUCAACAGCCCUGCCAGGAGCCCGGAAGUGGGUCCGCACGAGACAGAAUAGACUACACUCAAACUCCAGGGGAACCGUUCAUUGGGCUUGGACACGAAGGCGGGACCCUGCCGACGCAGUGAUUGGAUGCAUGUCCGGCCAGCGCGACCUCCGCGCUCUGGCAGCUCCUCUUCCGUGUGCUCUCGCCACUCCCUGCGGGCAACGCCUUGGCAUCGCUCGCCCUGGGGCUACCCUAGGCUGGCACUGGCACAACUACCUGAGGAUGGCUCGCAGGGCAGUCGGGAGCUGCUGCUGGCUCUGUCCUGGCUCUUGGCCCGAGGACCUGUGCCUGAGCAGAUGCUGGCCCAGGCCCGAGUGCCUCUGGGUGACGAGAUGACUGUGUGCCAGUGUGAGGCCCUGGCCAGCCCUGGCCCACCUGCACCCCACAUGGAAGCAGAGGGUCCUGUGGAUGUCCGCCAUGUGCAGUGGCUGAUGGGAAAGCUGCGGUUCCGGUGGCGCCAGCUGGUGUCCAGUCAGCAGGAGCAGUGCGCCCUCCUGAGUAAGAUCCACCUGUACACACGCGGCUGCCACAGCGACCAGAGCCUUAGCCAUCUGUCUGUCACUGAAGCAGAGAUGCUCAGGGACCCAGAGGGAGGCCAGCAGCUGCUGCGGACUCUGGAGCGUGAGAACCAGCGCCUGGAGGCUGUCCUGGCGUGGCGGCGCUCUGAGCUGGUCUUCUGGCGGUGGAUGGACACGGUCCUGGGCACCUGUGCCCCGGAGGUGCCUGCUGCAGCCUCACAGCCCACCUUCCUGCCCUGGGUUCCCGAGCACGGGGGUGGCGAGUUGGACCUGGUAGUGCGGGAGCUGCAGGCACUGGAGGAGGAGCUGCGGGCAGCUGCGGAGCGCAGGCGGGCGGCCUGGGAGGCCAAGUUGCAUUUAUCAAGCAUGGCAGGUGACACACUUAGAGGCACGCACCCUGAGGGAGCGGGAGGGCACUUGGUGAGGAGCCGCAGCUGCUGCGAGACAGCCCCCGCCCCUCCUGCUGGAGGCUGGAGGCUGUGGACGGGGGCCAGAGUGGAGUGCCGCGCGGCGGGCCUCUCGGGAGGCUGUGGAAAAGGAGCUGGGAGCUUUACAGCAGUGCUGGGAGCAAGACGGUGGCCCGGCCCAGCCCCAUGGGCCACACCGGCUGGUGAGACGAGAGGAUGGGGCAGCAGGGGACCGAGACCUGCGGGCAGCUGUGGUGAUCAGGACGCUGAGGAGCCAGGAGGCCUGCCUGGAGGCGGUGCUACGUCGACUACAGGGACAGUGUCGGCAGGAACUGGCCAGGCUGGUGGGAGCCCUGCCUGGUCUCAUCUGGAUCCCGCCACCUGGACGCUGAAGGCCUGUCGACGGGCCCUCGUGUGGGAAGCCUGCCCUGGCCCAGCCUGGCUGGGUCUUGGAGGAGCAGAUUCCAAGGCCAGGUGGCCGCAGGGACGAUGCAGACGCAGAGCCCACGUCACAUGCUCGCUCCAGGGGUGGGGCUGGGCUGACUCUGGCCGGAGCCCAGGCCUGUGGCUAGCAGCACUGGGGACAGGAAUGGCCGGUCCCUUGAGGAGGUCGUGACAGGCUCAGCCUGGUGGUCUGGAGGGGACUCGGAAAUAAAUUGUAGCGGCUUUCCUGCCGCUGGCCCUCCCCCUGC